CACACACACACACGGACUUCAGCAUCACAGCCGAGCUAGCAGCACUCUUCCGCUUCAGCUCAUGUUUAUCGCGGGGGAUAAAGUGUGAAAAUGGCAUCAAUUUAUGCGCUGGCACGCGUUUUUCUUUAUCUUAACAUCGUCAGAGUUUACUUGGUUAACUCGUCAGAACUGAACGGAGAUAUUCCUGCAACCCAGCAUUCACUCCACAGUCCUGCUCGAGACAUGAUGACUGUUAAUAUGUACAGAGUUUAUGAUAAAUACAGCAAGAAGCACCACCAUCAUCAUCAACAACAACAACAACAACAACAACAACAGAACAUAAAUACAAUCCGAAGCUUUAGAGGAGUCCCAGAGAUCUCCCACCACAAGCUCGUGUUCCAGUUCAACCUGACCUCUAUCCCCGAUUCGGAGGUGAUACUGAUGUCAACUCUACACUUUCUUGACCAACAAGCUCGUCAACGGCCUUGGGCCUGCCGGCGUUCCCGAGGAGCUUCAUGCCGUCUCCAGCUCCUUCGGUCCCCCACCAUCACACAUCUCAUCAUGAAGGGAACAUCGCCAAACGCUGCGGUCCCCUCCAGGCUGAGCAACAUCACGUUGUCUCCUAACAGAAAGGGACUUUGGCAGAUUACAGAUGUAUCAUCAGCUGUCAAACAAGCCCAUGUGAACGGCGAGCUCUUGAUUACUGUUGAGUUUGAGCAUCAGAGACGUCAGGAUCGCUUGUCUCCUCACAGCCUGCCGUUCAUUCUUGUAUACGCCGAUGACGUGGCAAUAACGGAGCCCAACAGUGUUGCUGUGAGUCUACAGAGAUACAGUCCAUCUCCUGUGCAUGAGGACACCAGGACCAAAGCAUCUCCAUCUUCAUUAAACUCUAGAAUCAGAAGGGAAGCAGAUCACCUGCAGAGCAACUACCUACCUGACAUCCCAUAUAAUGAUCUCAAGAGCAGGGAGAUAUGGGACGGCGUCUUCUUUGUAAAAAAGCCCAAAUCCUUGUCCAAAGGUCAGGAAAAUCACGGAGGACUGAGAGGGCCGAGGGAGCUCAGCUUUGACGAGAAGACCAUGAAAAAAGCCAGACGCAAGCAGUGGAGUGAGCCUCGAGUGUGUUCACGCCGUUACCUGCGGGUGGACUUCGCAGACAUCGGUUGGAGCGAAUGGAUAUUGGCGCCGAAAGCAUUUGAUGCUUACUACUGCGCAGGAGCAUGCGGAUUCCCGAUCCCGAAGGUUGUUAAUCCAUCCAAUCACGCCACCAUCCAGAGUAUAGUGAGAGCCGUAGGGAUCGUCCCUGGAGUCCCUGAGCCGUGCUGCGUCCCGGAUGAGAUGAGCUCUCUGACUGUGCUCUUCCUGGACUCCAGCAGGAACAUGGUCCUGAAGAUCUAUCCCAGCAUGUCUGUGGAGACCUGUGCCUGUCGAUGAACCAGCUAACGGACAUAAAUAUUCACACCCUGCAAAUCACAACACACUCAGCUGAAGUUGAUGUGACUCAAAGAAAACUAAUCCCGGCGAAUAAAACCUGAACACCUCAAAUUAUACAGGAUUUCUCUUUGCACACAAACAUUGUAUCAUCUUUCCAGUCUUUCUUAUUGAAUGAAUUGUAUAUAAACCUUAUUGUAACAUGUAGUACGCAGAACUGUUUUCAUUUUGAUAAUGCAUUUCUGUAAAUAAAUCCCGUAACACUCUGCAUUAAGCUAUCAUUUGUUAACAUUAGUUAAUGCAUUGGGCAUCAUGAACUAUGAGCAAUAUAUUUUGUUAAUAAAAAUACAGUUUGUUCG